AUGUCAAANAUAGGCCGACCUUUCGCAUGGCAAGAAAGUCUUCUAACUAUUGCGCUUAUUUUGAAACAUUUCAAUCUUGAAUUUGUUGAUCCAUCGUAUAAUCUUCGCAUUAAACAAACAUUGACAAUUAAACCAGAAGGUUUCAAAAUACGGGUUCGAUCGCGGCAACAAAUUGAUAUUUCGUUGAGAAAAGAUGUUAAGCAAUUGGAAAACAUAUCCGAAAAAGCUAAAUCGAACGACACGAGAAAUCUUCGACCAAUGGUUAUUCUUUUUGGAAGUAAUUCUGGUUCAUGUCAAUCAUUUGCAGAAACAUUAGCAUCCGAAGCGCCCUUAUAUGGUUAUAAUGCUACUGUAUCUACUCUUGAUUCUGCUGUGGGUUCUCUUCCUCUUAACCAACCUGUUAUCAUCAUUACAGCAUCAUAUGAAGGUAAACCAUGCGAAAAUGCGAAACAAUUCGUUGCUUAUCUAGAAUCAAAACCAAAAUUAGAAGGUGUAAACUAUGGUAUUUUCGGCGCUGGUCAUCAUGACUGGGUAAAAACUUAUCAAAAGAUACCACUUUAUAUUGAUCAAUUAUUGGAAAAUGCCGGAGGUAAGCGAAUUAUUGAACUUGGUCAAGGCGAUGCUGGAGGAGAUUUCUAUGGUGCGUUUGAAAGUUGGAAAGAAAAUCUGUUUCAAAUGUUAAGAAAAGACACGGGUGAAGAAAACGUUAUUAGUGAAGAGAAACUUUCAAUUGAAAUUGUUAAUUCGAAAAGAAAUUUCGGGCAGAUAACAAUGGAUAUUGGUUUUGUUCUUGAAAACAAAAUUCUCGUUCAAGCAAAUGACAUUGCACCGACAAUACGACAUUUGGAAAUUAAACUUCCGAAAGGACAAACUUAUCAUACUGGAGAUUAUCUUGCAAUAUUACCAUCAAAUCCAAUUGAAAUUGUGUAUCGCGUUCUCAAACGAUUCAAUUUAGCUACAGAUACGCAAAUCAGAAUUCUAUCCUCGACAAGUACUUUCUUUCCAACUAACAAUCCAAUCAGUGUUUUUGAUAUUCUCAGUGGUUAUGUAGAAUUAUCACAACCGAUUAGUAAAAAACAAGUCGAAAUUCUUGCAGUAUUAUGUAAAAAUGAAAAAGAACAAGAACAACUUCUUCAUCUGGGUGAAAAUUUAUAUGNGUGA